AGAGCGAAACCAGCACAAAUAGUUUUAGUCAUGCACUACUCCACUGCCUGUUUUAUCACGUUUUCUUUGUUUGUCUCUAUAUGCAAAGUGCAAUCGGAUAACUAUGAUUAUGACUAUGAAGAGAGCGUGCCUAAGGCCUGUCCCAUGUCUGAAUCCAUCAUUGGCGGUACGGUGGAGUAUUCUAAUGGUGGUGCUAAGGGGAGUCUGCUAAUUUAUCACUGCAGUGAUGGGUUUGAACCUUACCCAAUCAGCCAAAAAACCUGCAACACUAAUGGAGAAUGGCAACCAAAGGUAUCCAAGGUGAAAUGUGAAGAGACCAAUGAUUACGGAGAUUAUGAGGAAACGCAGAAGAACUGCUCUAUGGCAGAGUCCAUAAAGGGAGGCACCGUGUCCUAUUCCAAUCAAGGACUGGAGGGGAGUAUAUUGACUUAUCACUGCGACGUAGGACACUACCCUUAUCCAACAGCACAAAGAGUCUGUGACAAAGAUGGACAAUGGUCUGGAAUGAGGCUCCCAAAUGGAAAGAGAACAUUAAAUGCCAUGUGCAAAGAGGUUCUUUGCCCUGCUCAACUCGAGCUUGACAACGGGCAGAUUUUGCCCUGGAGACAGUGGUUCAAGGUUGGAGAACAGCAGACUUUCUCAUGCCAUGAUGGAUUUGUUUUGAGUGGCUCUUCUCAGCGGAAUUGCACUCAGUGGGGUGGAUGGACCGGUACUACACCAGUGUGUGAUGACCAGUCUGAGGACUGCAAAAACCCGGGCUCCCCUCCAGGGGCCUUGCGCUCUGGAGAACGUUUUCGUAUUGGAGCUAAAGUGCAAUAUCAGUGUCAAUUAGGCCUGGAUAUGCUUGGCAGUUCUGAGAGACACUGUUUGGACUCGAGGGAAUGGAGCGGGGUAGAACCACGCUGCUAUGCACAGUACACAUUUGAUCAACCAGCCAUCAUUGCUCAGGCCCUGGGAGGAUCUCUGUCUGCAGUCAUGGACGUGUCAUUGCCCAAGUUCAAAAAGUCAGAGAUAUCCCUUGGUAGGUCCAUCAAGGUCACAGAGGGUCGUCUGAAUAUCUUCAUCUUAUUGGACACAUCAGGAAGCAUUUCAACAGACAGUUUUCAGAAAUCAAAAAAUGCUAUUAUUAAACUUGUCCAUAAGUUGGAUAGUUAUGAAGUCAAUAUGAAGUUUGACAUCAUCUCUUAUGCCAGUGAGCCCAAAGACAUCGUAUCCAUUUCAGACAUAAACAGUGAGCAUGUGGAUUAUGUUGUGGAGAAAUUAAAAGAGUUUAGCCACUUAAGCCAUGGCAAAAAGAUAGGCACCAAUCUUUAUAAAGCCCUAGAAAGGGUGUAUGACCGUCUUGCAUUUCUCAGGGAGCACAAGAGAAGUCACUUCAAUGAGACUCAGAAUGUCAUAAUCAUUGCAACUGAUGGCCACUCCAAUAUGGGACGUGACCCAAAAGAAAUUUUAGCUAAGAUCCGACACUUGUUGGGCUACAAACUCACCAGCAUAGACCACACACAAGAGGACCUCCUGGAUGUGUACGUGUUUGCGGUUGGCCAAAAUGUUAAUAAGAAGGAGCUGCAAAGCAUUGCAUCUUUCAAGAAGGAUGAGAGGCAUAUUUUUGCAUUGAAGGACUAUGACCAGCUUGGAUUCGUGUUCAACCAAAUGAUCAGUGAUUCUGCUGUGACUAAGUGUGGAGUGGCCCAAGAGGAACAGAAUAUUACAUCAGACGCUUAUACCAGACCCUGGCACGUUGAUAUUUCAUGGUUUAUUAAAAAAUGCAGAGGAUCCAUAUUGACUGAGAACUGGGUGCUGACAGCAGCCCACUGCUUCAUCGAAGUCAAUUCUGAUGAAUCUAUAUCAUUUGCCAAAGAAGAUGAAAUAAACAUUCUGCAUGGUAAUGGUGAAGUUAAAGCCAUGGAGAUAAUUCUUCAUCCACAGUUUAAUGUGAAAGGCCUUAAAGACAAGAACGUAAAGGAGUUUUAUGAUUACGACAUUGCUCUGGUGAGGGUGAGCGAAAAAAUCAAAAUAUCUUCGAAGGCAAGGCCCAUUUGUUUGCCUUGUACCAAGUCUUCAAACCGAGCUCUCAGAAAGGAUUCAGACGCCACCUGUGACCAACACAAGAAAUUGCUGAUUCAUCAGAAUGAGACUCCGGCUCAGUUCAUUAGACAGGGAACUCACCGAACGGACACACUUAUACACAGUGGCACAGAAAGAGAUAAAUGCAUUCAUCAUGGAAGAUCAUCAUUUCCUGCAACCAGCACUGCAUCACUGACAGAUGUCAUCACAGACAGAUUCAUGUGCACUGGAGGAUCAGAGACAAGAAGAUUUCAAAUGACUUGUAAAGGGGAUUCUGGAGGAUCUCUCUUCCUGCGCAAGAGGAUGCGAUAUUUCCAAGUGGCAGUCAUUAGCUGGGGCACUAAAGAGUUGUGUGAUAGCAAGACUGAUGUCAAAGAUGAGUGGCCUUUAGAUGCCCGAGACUUCCACAUCAGUGUGUUUCCUCUCAUGUCCUGGCUCAAACAGCACCUUCAUAAAGAGCUGCAGUUUCUUCCAUUGUAAAACUAAGCCACACAGGAAUUAUACAGAUGCUUUUGUAAUAUCUGGAAAAGUAACUUGCAGACCUGCAAUGUAUCAGACAUGCUAUGUCAAAUGAUUAUACCAAACUACAGAAUAAAUAAUAAAAAUAAACAUAUUUUGAUCUGGCAA